GAAGGCAGAGACCAUGGCGUCCCCUCGCCAGUUGGGCGCAGACAUUCCUGUGGGUCUGGCUGCUUCUUGCCCUUCGCAGCAGGGCCUGGUGCGGGCGGUGGAAAGGGGACACGGGGCUUUUGCCCUCAGGCCGCCGCCCUGAGCAGAGGGGGCGAGAGAGCGCCUGCUCGCGUCGCCCCUGCGAAGGCUGACUUUGCCGGGAGGGCAAGGAGGGCGCCUUCUCCCGCCCGAGGUGUCCUCCCUUAUCCCUUGCUGCCCCCAGACCGACGUGGUUUUGCUUUUUCUUUCGUGUGUGCGUGUAUGAGAGCGAAGGGUUGAUUCUGUAGCUGUAAACAGAACCACCUUUCACAAGGGAAAAGAAGCAGGGAGCCGCCGAGCAAGGCAAGAGAAACGCCAGCCGGAGAACGGCGAGGCAGCCCUUCCUGACGGUGCCCGAUGAACCUUCCAAAAGGGGAAACCUGUGCGAAGGGGGUUGCAUUCUUAGUUGCAUGUGACAGAAAUGUCUGCACCAUCAAUGGAGGAAAGGAAGGCUUGCUGGGGAGCCCGGGAUGUGUAUUGGAAGUGCUUAGAUGAAAAUAAAGGAGAUGCAUCUCAGUGUGAGAAGUUUAGAUGCUCUUUUGAAAAUGUAUGUCCGCAGCAGUGGGUCAAAUACUUUGAUAGAAGAAGAGAUUAUUUAAAAUAUAAAGCACAGUUGGAAGCAGGAGAAUUUCAGCCUUCAGAAACAACAGCAAAGUCCUAGCUACUCAUCAGCUUUUACAAAUAUAUCGCCGACAAAGAAGACUACAGAAGAAGAGCACCAGUAUGAUACCUAAAACGUCGGUAUCAGCAAAGGACAGUGAUGACCUAUAAAUAAUUUUAAGAACUGUGGUUGUCGUGAAGGUGCCAGCUUGUAUGUUCUUUGAAGUGCAUGGUGGUGUUGGGAGGAGGCACUUGCCCCUCAUCACUGAAAGGUUGCUACUAAU